AUGGCUGAAUCAUUCGAUAUAAAGAAUUCUGAUAAAACGGUUUUGUAUGCAUUUCGUUUUGGAACAUCUGAUAAACUUGUACAUCUCACACAACAAGAACUUAAUCGUAUUCCUUACUUAUUUAAUCUUGUCGUACAUAAAGAUGAUUUUUCAUCAGCUCAAAACGAAAAUGGUGAAUAUGUAUUGAAUCAUCCAAUUGAAUAUACGUGGUUCAUGGCAAUUUUUCAUUCAAUCACUUCCGAACAACCGUACACAUUAUUUGAUGAACUACCAGAACAUGAUUAUAUUUUGGAUGUACUUGACCUAUCUGACUAUCUUGGCAUUGAUUCGUUUCCUCUACCUUUUCUAAAAGACAAAACUUUACUACUAUCAAAUUCAAUCGAAAUUGAUACCACUAAAAAACAUAUCAAAUAUCAUAAAGCAACUAUCUCAGAAGCACGUCAGACAGCUGCAGAGUUCAUUAUAGCUCUUAGUAAAAAUGAAUACGAUUUAAAUGAUUUGGACACACGAAAUAAUAUUGUUUUUUUGAUCGAAAUCAUUCUCUCUAGUGCAGCUGUUUUUAAAUCACGAUUUCGUCACCACACUGUAAAAGUAGCAAAAGAAUGUUGUUAUUCAUUCUUUUCUCAACAGCAAAAACGUCUACUACUUACUGCUCAACGAAUUGCUAAGUAUCAAAAGAUCGAGUCCUCCAUGUAUUUAUGCAACGAUGAUAAACCUCUUCCGGACAAUUUCUCGAAUACGUUCUCUUGGAGAGGUGUUUAUGUGUUAAAAGAAGACGAACGCAGUGAUCUUCUAUCGACAAGUUCGAAAGACACAUCCUUAUAUAAUUUAUUUCAAAGGAUUGGUGAAAUUUAUGACUGGCAAAAUAUAAUGAGCUCGUAUGAGAUUCCAAUUUUGUCAUUUCCAAGGAUGCAAUUCUUUUCAGCACGACGGUCAUAUCGUCGACGAAAUUUUCGGUAUAUUUAUUCUUAUGAAGAGUCAUCCAUCAACGAAAACGAGGAAAAUCGAAAGAAAAAUGAAGCACGAGAAGCUCGAUCAGGGCAUUUCAAUACAUUACCUACACGACCUAAAGUCGACAAAUUCAAACAUCAAUUUGGUUUAAAAACUCAACAAUAUCGAUAA